CAAGUCUUCCCGCACGAAAUGGCCACGAGAAAGGCGGCCGACCACACGCUCUACCACCUCUCGCCGAAAGGCUUUUGGAAGAAAUUCCGCGAUGCGGUCGUGGUGAACCCGGAGAUCUCGAGCGGCUUGCCCAUCCAGGGAGUGAAUCGCUGGCCGCCCCCGGCCUCGCGCCCGGAGCGCUACAACACGCCGGCGACGAAGGCGUCCGACAUCGCGCAGAACCCGUACUGGAAGCGUGACGUGCGCCGGGCGUACCCGCGCCUCUCCGCGGUCACUCAGACCGAGCUCUCUACGCUCCUCCUCGAGCACUCGUCCGCGCAGCAAAUCCCCGCCCCCACCGACGCCGACCCGAACGCCAAGAUGAUCGUCGCCGUGCCGCAGGAGCCCAAGGAGCUCACCGAGACCAUCGCCUCCGUCGUCGCGAAGGGCAAGCUGUUCUCGGCCGCGAAGCUGCCGCCUUCGAUGGCGACCCCGUACAAGAAGUGGUUGCCGACCGCCGGAGAGUCACUUCCGGGCGAUCCGCAUGCGUACUUCCCUAUGCACCUCGUCAAGUAGUGUGCUGCGCGUCAAGUAGACCUGUUGCCGUGCGAGGUAGAGCUUGGAAUGUAGACGCGACCGACCUUUUUCUGUGCUUGAGUCCUUGAUGUCGACUGUUUCUCCGGGGUUAGUCCGUGCGUGUUUGGAGGAUAGCCCAAGGAUAGCCUGGUCAUUCCGAUGAAGAUGGAAGGUACGUCGGGCGCCGCAGUCUGCGCAAGGUCAACAGCAUACAUACACCACGCAGUUGCGGAUUACUUGCCACAG